UAUGUGUGUGUGAAAGAAAGACAGAAAGAAAGAAAGCUUCAUUCUUAUCAUUCUAGCAAUCCCAAAGCAACAAACCAUCGCGUUCCCGUAUGUGUGUGUGUGUGUGUGUGUUUGUGUGUGUAGGUGUACAUGGCUGAUACGGACUCUUCCUGAUGCACUGCCUGCACGGUGGUGUGUUUUAUAGCUAAAAUACGCACGCAUUCGGAAAUGCGCUUAAGGCAGCGAGCGGACUGACGCGCUGAUCUGGAGAGGAGCCAAAGCACACGCCGCAUCGAUCCGCUUUCUGUGACGCCCGCUGUUCAUAACCGGCUCGUGAGGCUACACAGAAGCUCUCUAAAGACAGAAAGCAAGAAAACAAGCACGUGCAGCGCGGGGGCCACAAGAUCAGCUCGCGCACUGUGCAAAAGGCGGGGAAAAAGAACGGCUUCUGUGGUGUGGUGUGCAGGACAAGAAAGAGAAGGAUGCCGCCGCAUCGGGCUGUGUGAUCUGAAGACGACGCAGGUGUCAAAAGGGAGGAAAUCGGACUACUUGCGUUCAAUCCUUUCAGCCCGGAGUCGCACAGCGUUGUUCGCGCGCGCUAGAGCUCCGGGGUUUUAUCCCCGCCGCAUCCUGUAGCAGCAGAUCUAAUCGGCGACAUAGAAGUUAGCAGUUCUGGCAACCGCUAUCAUGACUACCCACACCUUCCUCCUGAUUCUCCUGGCUGUUCUCCGAUUGGCUGACUGCUCGUUUCCAGAGGAACCAGGUCCUUUAAUCUCCACCCCUGCUGAGGUUGCCAGGCGUUACCCUGUAUUUCUGGGCAGAGCUCAUCGCUCAUACAUGCGGCAGGAGCCACUGUACAUUCAGACAGUUCUAAAGGUCAACCGCACGCUCUACAUCGGUGCCAGAGAUGACCUUUACCGUGUGGAACUGGACCAUGUAACAGGGGAUGAGAUGUUCUACAGCAAAAAGCGAACGUGGGAAUCCAAUAAGAAUGACAUCCGAAUCUGCAGGAUGAAGGGCAAACAUGAGGAGGAGUGCCGUAACUAUAUGAAGGUAUUGCUGAAUCAACAUGGCGGCCUUUUUGUGUGUGGGACCAACGCCUUCAACCCGCUGUGUGCCAAUUACACCAGAGACACUCUGGAAAUGGUUGGAGAGACCAUCAGUGGAAUGGCCAGGUGUCCAUAUGAUCCUAAACAUGCCAACGUGGCCCUGUUUGCAGAGGGUAACCUCUUCACGGGUACUGUGACGGAUUUCCUCGCUAUCGACGCUGUCAUCUAUCGAAGUUUGGGAGAUAGCCCUGCUCUCCGCACCAUCAAACACGACUCCAAGUGGUUUCGAGAGCCCUACUUUGUUAGCGCAGUAGAGUGGGGUCCUCACAUCUACUUCUUCUUCAGAGAGAUGGCGAUGGAGUUUAAUUAUUUGGAGAAGGUGAUGGUGUCCCGGGUAGCGCGUGUGUGUAAAGGUGAUCUAGGGGGCUCUCAGCGCGUGUUAGAGAAGCAGUGGACGUCUUUUCUGAAGGCGAGACUGAACUGCUCUAUUCCAGGAGAUUCUCACUUCUACUUUAACCUGCUGCAGUCCACGAGUCCAGUCAUACGCAUGCAUGGCCGAGACAUUAUCCUAGGAGUUUUCUCCACUCCUCCCAACAGCAUCCCUGGCUCAGCGGUGUGCGCUUUCGACAUGCAGCAGCUGGCACGUGUGUUUGAAGGGAGGUUCAAGGAACAGAAAACUCCCGAAUCAAUCUGGACUCCUGUUCCUGAGGAGCUGGUGCCCAAGCCCAGGCCUGGGGGUUGCGCUGGUCAGGGCUCCAGGUUCAGCUCCUCUACCUCAUUCCCUGAUGAGGUUUUAAACUUCAUUAAGACCCAUCCACUCAUGGAUGAAGCCGUCCCUCUGCUGGGACACAGACCCUGGAUAGUUAAAACUAUGGUCAGGUACCAGCUGAACACCAUGGUGGUGGACACAGAAGCAGGACCACACAGGAAUCGUACUGUAGUGUUCCUCGGGUCCACCAGGGGCACCGUUCUGAAAUUCCUCAUCACACCGGGUAGAGACAACCCUUAUUCCAGCACCAAUGUCUUUCUGGAGGAAUUAGAGGGUUAUAAUCCUGAGAGGUGUGGAGAUGAUUCAGUCCAGGCACGCCAGCCGUUGUCUCUCACUCUGGACAGACAGAGUCAUACUCUUUUGUUAGCUUUCCACUCUUGUGUGGUGAGGCUGCCUGUAGCCCGCUGCCAACUGCAUUCCCGCUGUAUGAAGAACUGUAUCUCCUCUAGAGAUCCUUACUGUGGUUGGACCAGAGGAAGCACUUGUUCUCUCCUCAGACCUGGUACCAGACUACCAUUUGUGCAGGAUGUUGAGUAUGGGAACACCACAUAUCUUGGAGACUGUGAGGGUCUGCUGCAUGAGAGUUUCACAGAUGAGCCCGAGAGCCUGGUGACUCUUAACCUGCUGGUGGUGGCAGCUGUUUCAGCGUUCUCCACUGGGGCGGCGCUGUCAGGCUUGGCCGUAUGCUGGAUUAUGAGCCAGAAGCACCGUCAUUGCUCUCGAAGUGAAUCUUCAUCUUCGGGCACCCAGCGGAAAAGCGAAAAGGAGCGCAGUAUGCUAGGGCCAAGUACAAGUGGCUCGGUGCUGAGCGUGACCGAUCGGCCCCGUCCUCAAGGUGAAACGCUGUUUGUGAUGCCCAAUGGUUGGACGAAGGCAGGGGAUCUGGACCCAGGAUUGUUGCCUACACCUGAGCAGACUCCACUGCAGCAGAAACGCCCAGCGCCCUCGCUCCGCCUCUCUGACUCAGGCUCCGGCUGGGACCAGAGCCAGACCUACCUGAACUCGGUAGCUACCCAGUGUCCUCCGCCACCACCCUCGGCCAUCUUCCUCAGCUCUAAGCUCCUCAGCGACAGGCGGCAUGACGAUGUCAUCGAGCGCCAGCGCUAUGUUUCUCUCUCCAAGUACCGUGAGCAUGGAGCACGCCCGGGCACACUGCUGCGCAAAUCAGCGGGUGACUACAACUACCCAAUGACGCCUCAAGACUCGCCUGACAGGAGGCGCGUGGUGUCGGCGCCCAGCACGCAGAUGGAGUACACCGGAGAGGCUCUGCGCUGGACCCACGAAAACUACGUCUUCCAUGCCGUCCCAACCCCAGGACACCGCUACGCUGCAGGCACAGGGCAUCCGGCUAGCCUCGCACGCACUGUCCUGCACGGCUCUCGUGGCCUCAUGGACCUGGCGGAUUUCAGCCACCUGCUGGGCAAAGGAGGCAACGAGCGUGCUCCUUCAGGCCAGUGAAGAAAACGGAAAAGAUCUGUGAAAAAGAAGGAAGCGGUGAAGGAGAAAAUGUGCAGAGCAUAAAAGCUUCAGAGCUACUGCAGUGCCAGCAGGAUCUGGCCAACAUCAUUCUGUUUUUCUCCAUCUUUCUUGCUGUCUCUCUCGCCCCUCUGUUUCCGAGCUCCUUUUCGAUCUUGUCUGGAUUCCUCUGUCAUGCUAUGAUCAAUCACUGGAAAUGGAAAUGGCCUCCACUCUGCCUCAUAGCUGAAGGUCCUGCAGAAGAGUACAAACUAACACACAGACACACACACAGGCACACACACUUCCUCAGUCCACCCUCGCAGUCUUACUGUGUCUUAAGACACACCGCAGGUCCUUCAUCAGAAGCAAGAGUACAGCAACAAACUGCAGCAUUUGUGACUGCAGCAGCGCUAAUGACGUCCAUAUCUAUUCCCAAGCUCUCUCUGUCUCUCUCUCUCUCUCUCUUGCUCAUCAUUUAGAGAAUGUGCUGGCGUGUUCUCGUUCAUUGGGGAUUUCUGAGCUGCUGGUUGUAAUAAAACAUUUUCAGCAAGGGUCGGCAGAGACAGCGCGGAGGCAUCGAUUCCCACUGCAGUCUAGCCGUGGCGUAUACCUCAGCCUAUCCCAUUUUCUUUCUUUUUUUAUAAAUUGCGUUUUGUUUUACAGUGUUGAACUCACUUAAGUAGCAUCGCCACUUCUGACCUACGACGCAGUGCCACAUGUCAGCACUAUUCACGCUGGCAGGACAUAUAGAAUAAAACCGGAGCGGUGCAUCUCCUUGACUACACACGAGCGGAAAAAUACGGGAGGGAGGAUGAGCACGGUUUGUCCGCUAACUCUGUGAGGCUAUGCUACGGAGGGACAGAGAGAGAGAGCAAGAGACACAGAGCCAGUUGACACACAUAUAGAGGGUGGUAAAAAAAAAAAUGGAAGCAAUUCUUCUCGAGCAGAAGAAAGAUCGAAGUGAACGAGGUGUUUGAACUCGCAAAUGUUUUACGUUUGUUUGUUUUUUUGUGUGUGUGUGUGUGUGUACAGUUGUACAGUGAAUUACCUGCUCUGAACUGAGGACAGACACAAAAAGAAAAAGCAGUGUUGUGACCUUCACCUGAAUUUCAUCCAGACGCUAUAAAGACGUAUUCGCUGUGCAGAGUUUAGCCGAGUAGCUGAGAGACGCAAAACAAAACUCUCUUCACCUCCUCGAGGGAUGAGAGGGACAAAUACGCAACGGAGAUGAGAAAAAUGAUGCCAAAUGAGGACCACUGUUUGGAUUAACCGGCACGAGACAUCAUUAAAUAUUGAGUGUUCCAGAGACUUUUCAGCCUGUACUGUAUUAUAACUCAUUUUGUUGGUUGCUUUGUUCUGUGUUUGUCGCAUUAACAGGGUUUCCGUUCAUCAUAAGAAGACACCUGUUUAAACAAAACGUCCGACUGUUCCGAUUCAGAGACUUCUUCUGCGUAAGACAGUGAGGCAUUGUGUGUUAGAAAUAUAUAAAUGGAUAAUCCAAAACCCAUCCACAUUUCAAACUAAUGUAUACAUGAUGUAUAUGUGCAAGUACCACAGAUAAGAAAUAACAGAAAAUAAACGAGAAAUCCUUAUACUAAAUAACACAAGGAAAGUCUGAGGGUAGUUGUUAAAGCAGUCAAGAAAUGGGAAUUUUUGUGUUACCACUAUAAUCGAUGUAGCUCAUAUUACACACAGAAGUGCCUCAGUUUCAGCCUGAUGGUGCACAAAUACCACAAAACCAAAAUUAGUUCAAGACGGUUAGAGCGAAGUGUACAAGUACAGCUACGCAUGCGUGAUAUUCUCUCACGUAACACCUUUCCGGUUCAAGCUGGAGCUGUUGUUUUGAAUUUGCAUAAUAUACGUAGGUGCAUUGUUUUAAGCCGCUAUAACAGAGUUCAACAACUGCCAUUACGCUCUUAUUAUUAGAAGUCAGUUUGGAGUAAACGGUUUUUGAUAGUGGGAUUUCCAGGAAAUUAUUUCCGGAUUAUUCACUGUGGUAAUUGCACAUAUGCGUCAAACAUAUGCAGUAGACUGUGAUGGAAAUAGUUAUAUUUAUUUAUAUAUUUCCUGGACUACAUUCACACAGAAGAAGGAGAGAAUUUAGAACAUAUGGGUGAUCUGCAUGAUCUGCAUAAUGCAUAUGUAAUCCACAUGUAUUCUCUGGAAAAGUUCAAGGAAUAGACACACACACACACUGAUAUAUGGUCUAACACACAGAACACCUGCAUUUUCAGUGUCCUGCUUCUUGGGAGAAGAUUCACUCUGGUGAAUUCAUAGUUAGUUCCACACUCUGAAGGUUAAUUCUUUAAAGAUGUGUGUUAUUGGAGCCAUAUGGUUAAGGUUAAAGAGAGGGGCGACCACACACACACACACACACACACACAUACAAACCAUCAUGUGCUCCACCUGUGAAAGUACAUUCUCUGAAAAUACAAUGUAUGCUCACACACACACUCACACAAAUCAAAUUCAUGAAGGAUUUCUGGCUUGUCCACACACACACACACACUUGCAGCAUGACCAAGGCAGAUUAAGGGAGCACAUUAUAAAUUCAACUGGAACAAGUUUCAUGUGUUUGUCAUUGCCCCAAGCCACAAUUAUAAACCUUUAAAAUACAGGAAAUAGAAACUAGAGGCACGUCCAUGACCCUGCAGUCAAAGGUCAGUAGUGCACGAACCUGACGUUCCAUUCAUUAUGCCGCAUUUGCACAGUCGCUUCACGUUCUUUCAUGAAAUAGUCACCCGUAGCGCCUACAAUACAGAUGUGAGAAUAUAUACGGCUGUUCAGUAUUCCACGAUAAGUUCAUCUGAAAUAACUAUUCCGUCGGCAUUUUGGCGACCAGGUACAGGUAAUGAAAUCGCAUGGGGAAAAGAUUUUACGUUUAAACAUACAAUCCGAUUUAUACGACGGACUCUCUUUUUUUUUUUUAUAGAAGAAAAAAAAUCCAAGUCCGAUAUGUAUACGUAUAAACUGCUGAAAUCUCAAAGUGAUCCUUUUAAAGCUGCAGUAUGUCAUUUUCAAAAGUGUUUCUAGACCUGAAAUGAUCGUGUUGAUAUCAAAGACAGUCAAAAAAAAAAAAAAAAAACUGCCAUAAAAUUGAUCUGGCUAGGUUUCAGGAUUCUGUUGAUUAUUUUCUGACCCAGAAAUAAGCUCCACCCCUACACUGGAAUAACAGCGGUGCUUUUUUUUCUGGAAACCUGGGCCACAAGGCAAACUUUAAGCAUGAUUUUUUUUUUUUUUUUUUUUUUUUAAAGAACCUAAAAUAUCUUGGGAGGGGGAAUUAAUAAUUAUAAUUAUUUCUAAAUUUCUGGGGUCAAAUAGAGCUUCUUAAAGGUGCAGUACGUCAAUUUUAAAUGUGUUUCUAGAACUAAUAUAAUCAUAUAUCAAAAACACCAUAGAAAAACUGUGAUUCGCAAUACUGCCAUGCAAGUAUUGAUGUAAGUUUUUGCUUCUGUUUACAUUUUUUCUGACCCCCCCCCUUCUUAAAAUGACAAAGUGCUUCUUUAAUAUGUCAAAUAUUCUAGCAGUUACAUGCAAGACAUUAAUGAAAGUAUUUAGCCCUAUUUCUAAAUGGAAAAUGAAUACUGAGACACACCAAAAACCAUGACUGGGUUGUAUAAUUUCUCACACCCAAGCAGAUAUCCCUGUGCCAUUGCAAUGCAAACGCAAAACUGUUUAUCAAGGACCAUUUUCUCGCCUGUUCUGUCCUAAGGUCUAAACGUAAUCUCUGGAUCAGUUCUGCAACACGACCUACACAUACUUGAAGUGCCAAAAUGUAACUUUGUAUUUCGACAGGAUGCUGUUUGUAUCGAAAAGGCAUCGACGGUGUCAUUAAUGUAGUGUUUAGUUUCGAUUUUUUUCCUUUGUUCAGACUCUAAGCAAGUUGGCAGUCUGUUUCUGUUCUCAUGUAACCGGUGUGUUUUACUUCCUUUUGUGUAGCAUGCCUGCUACAUUGAAGGUGGACGUGCUGUUGUAUGGUAAAUCUGUUCAGCCGGGCCUUUACCACAACUGCCAUAUCGUUACCUCGACUCGAGGCACUGUACUUCAGUCCGGGAAGGCACAGCAAUGAACCCUGAUCAUGAAUCAAUAACACUACUGUAUAUAUAAGCACAAGAGCGUUUUAUUUUUGGGAUCCGAAAUGACGGCUAGUUGACUCACUCGUGUGACAGAAGGAUUUUUUUCUUUCUGAGCAUUGUCUGAAGGAACUGAGGAACCUUGAACUACAUUUUCCUGAGAGAAGAAAACAAUUUCGUUCGUUUUUUUCCCUGAAGAAUUGAGUGACAUUUCAGACUGAAUGGACAAAAUAUGGUCCGAACGGUGACUCGAAGAAUUGUACAUAGAUGAAAUAGUGACAUUUGAAGCAACACUUGAUCUUGUUUUCUCAUCCACGUGUACAGAAAAUACAUGUAUGCAAGUGUACAAGGCAAAUUUUUUCUUUUGUAUUAAAAACAAAUCUCCUGUGUAUACACUUCUCUCGAUUAUACACACAUACGAAUACACACACACACACACACGUACGAUACACACACUACUCAAAACGUUGGCGUGCACAGACUUAUUUUGACCUGUAAAUCGACAUGGAUAUUUUAUCAUUCUAAUAAACACAACGGAUUGUUCAUU